CUCAAAGGCCGCAAAUGUUAUGUGGUCAGCCUUUUCUUUUUCUUUGCCCUCCUGCCUUUACUUUGUAUGUGCGCAAGGCUUAUACCGUUACUGAGGAACAAACCAAAAAUUCCGGAUCCAAUACCAACUGCGGCGUUUCUUUAUAAUUUACCCUCAUAUAUUUACUUCGCUCCCCAAACUAAGUUGAUCGAGUCGAUUGUGGCAGAGCUGAACGUAAAUAAAACCACAGGAUUUGAAAACUCGCACAAACUUUAUGAAGCCUUGGUUAGUUUUUCGAAGGAACAAAGUUCUGUGAUUGGUAUCAAAUUUUCCGACCCCUGGACAGAAUGGCCUGAUAAGCUGUCUUUCACCCUCCAUUCUGGCAAGCCAGUUGAUUUAAACGUGGAUAUUAUGUACUUAGCAGACGGAUCGUAUCCGUUAUAUAAAACCGGCUUCUUAGCCGUACAGCAGGCAUUGAGCCAGGUCCAUAUUAAGCACAAGUGUAAGGAAUUCAAUAAGACCCAGGGGGAUAUCAAGUUUCCACCAAUUAAGGACCUUCCUUCCCCGCCAAUUUUUAAGUCGGACAACUCAUCUACCUUACAAGAUGUGGGCAUAAUGAUUAUUGUAAUCAUUAUCUUCUUUGUGGUUGUCAGCUUGACAAAGUCCAUCGUCGAGGAAAAGGAGCUCCAGCUUAAGGUGACACUGAACCUGAUGGGUGUGGGCUCUUGUCUGCAGUGGGUGGCGUGGUACAUCCAGACCUUCAUAAUAUUCUUGAUCGGAUCAUCGAUAAUAACGUUGUUCUGGAAACUCGUCCUACCAAAUUCUGAGAUAUCCUUUAUGCCCUUCACCCACUGGUCGAUGGCACUGUUCGUUCUGCUAGUGCUCAGCCACUGCACGAUCUGCUUUAGCUUCCUGAUGAGCAGUCUAAUCUCUACAACAUAUCGCAUCUCGCUGGUUACUUUUCUUGCCUUGAUUGCCACCUAUCUUCCCUUUUUGAUUUUGCACUCAAAGGGAUGUUCGGAAGGAUUGAACGUGUUCCUCAGCCUUUUCUUGUUGUCUGGACUGCAAGUGUUGGUCGUCGGCAUUUGCAUGUGGGAGGACUACGGUGAAGGUCUACAGUGGGGUAAUCUCUUCGAGACCUCAUGGCCGGGAGGCACGCUGAGCGUUGGCUAUAUCCUUUUGGUCAUGAUAUUGGCUAGCUUUCUUUCCCUGCUUCUAUGCCUAUACCUUGAGAAAAUCCGGCCAGGCCCUUACGGUGUUCCCCAACCUUGGCAUUUCCCCUGCACCCGCUGCUGCUCCACAGAAAGUCUCUUGCCCUAUAGCCGUCUCUUUAACAGAAUAUUCGGCAUAUAUAGCGCGGCCCCAGAUGAGGAACGUCCCGACCUCCAAUUGAUUGAACCAGAUCCCGUGGACAAGAUCGCCGGCGUUCAGAUCAGAGGUCUUAGCAAGACUUUCGGCAAGAUGGAGGUCGUGAAGAACGUUAGCUUCGACAUGUUCGAGGGACAGAUCACGGUGCUAAUGGGACACAAUGGAGCGGGCAAGACCACACUUAUCAGUAUGCUGGCUGGAUUCAUUUCGCCCACUUCGGGGACGGCUCUGAUAAAUGGCUUUGACAUCCGGCAGGAACGAAGACAGGCCCAGAGAUGCAUUGGUCUGUGCCCGCAGCAGAACGUCCUCUUUAAGCACCUUAGCUCGGUUAGUCACAUUCAGCUCUUUAGCCGCCUUCGAGGACUCCGGGGCGCGGAAGUGAAGUCGGAGGUGCAAAAUUACCUGAAGAAGCUUAAUCUGCAGGAGAAGAAGAGAUUGGCUGCUCGGAAUCUCUCCGGCGGAACCCAGCGGCGUCUAAGUGUCGCCUGUUCUCUUUGUGGGGGAGUCAAGGUUCUCAUCUGCGACGAACCCAGUACCGGAUUGGAUCCCAGCGCCCGGCGGGAGCUGUGGAGACUAAUACUGGAGGCGAAGGAGGGCUGCACCAUACUUUUGACAACGCACCAGUUGGAUGACGGAGAGGUCCUGGGCGAUCGGGUGGUCAUCAUCAGCGAUGGGCAGUUGAGAUGCAUUGGAUCGUUGCCAUUUCUCAAGAAACAGGUGGAUGCCAGCUGCUUGAUCACCUGCGAAGCCAGGAAGCGAUGUGACCUGGAGAAGCUGACUUCCCUGAUAUCUCGCCAUGUGGGUACAAUUCAACCGUUCAGUAUUAAGGGCAGAGAUGUCUGCUACAAGCUGCCACUCAGCAAGUCAAAGUACUUUUCCUCGCUCUUCCGUGACUUGGAGAGCCAAAUGAACAUUUUGGGUGUUCGGGGAUUCAGCUUAAGCUCAGUGAGUCUGGAAGAGAUUUUCAUGAGCUUUGGGGCGGAGGACCUCAAUUCUCGCCAAUCGGGGGGUGCUGAGAAAAGAGAUGACGAUGACCGUGACGAUGAUGAGGAAAACGAGGUUCAGGAUGGAAAUGUGCGCAGCUGUAAAAAGCAAUGGAGAGCAAUGAUGACCAAGAAGGUUAUGGCUCUGUAUGACAACAAGGUUUACUUCCUGCUUUUGCUGUUGACUCCCAUUGUCUACUAUAUAACGACACUAAUGAUGGCCACAAAGCCUCAUCAUUCGGGCAGGCCCACGUUCAACAUCAGCGAUUACGGGGUAGAUAAGUUCACAAUUUUGCUUUCAGUGCCGGUAAGCAAGUCAUAUACGGAAGAACGUCGUGCAGACUCUAUUGCGUCGUUGAUCAAGGGAAAGUUAAAGUUAAUAGUCGUAUCGGAACAAAUUAAGGACUACGUGGAUGACAAAUGGAAGUCGAGAGAGGGCAGGCGUGAGAUUAACUUUGUGUCAAUGGCUAUUGACACUGGUGAUCGGACGGGUCUGAUCGGUUGGGUCGGACCCAGACACUACGUUCAUGCGGCGCCGAUGAUCCUUAAUCUUGUCUAUAAUGCCUUGGCCCAGGAGCUCAUUGGACCGAAAAUCAGCAUAGAGGUUACCAGCGUUCCAUUUACGCUGAGAAAAAAGGAGGAUUUUCUAAUUAGCAAUAAUGGAGAUAUCCCAAUAUACGUCAUAGGCUAUGUGAGCAUCGCCAUGAUUAUAUUCUCGAGUGCCGUAAUCCAAGAGAGGGUCUCGCACAUGAAGAUGCUGCAGGAGGUAUCCGGGCUGGAGAUGAUCACCUACUGGCUGAGUCACCUUGCCUUCGACAUGGUGGUCUUUUUUAUCUUGGUGCUGGCCCUGCUGCUUCCCCUGUACGGAUAUGCCCCAUGGUACCUUUUGCUGUGCGUGCUCUUCUUCACCGGAUUAGCGGGUCUGAUAUUUAUCUACUUCUUGAUAUCGAUGCUUUCGGCCACAUUUCUAGCCGUGUCUAUGAUCCUACUAUCUGUUAUUAUAGGAUCCUUAAUUUUGAUGAUUCUGGGAGCAUUGGCGCUGAUUUUUAAAAUGGUAUAUGUAGCUAUAUAUGUUGCCAACAUGCAUCCAUUGAUAGCUGGCUAUAACUGCAUACAAAAAUGCUUUCACUACAUGUCUCUGUGCGGGUCCUACAUUUCGGAAGCCCAAAAUCCACUCUCUGAAAAUCUAACUUCUGAUGAAAUGUAUUGCAUCAACCCCUUGGCCUUCUUAGAACCACGAUGUGUGUGCGUUAAUCCCAUGACAUGGCCUGAUAUGCUGGUCAUGCUUGGGACUGCCAUCAUACUCUUUCUGUUGAUAAUGUUUUUUGAGUACGGCAGUUGUGUUUGGUACAGAUGUAAGGGGUGUUGCCCAUACAGCUCAAAGGGCUCAAUUGAGGAUCCCAAAGUGUCCAGGGAGGCUGAGAAAAUCAGAGCUAUGGAUGCUGAUCAAAUAGGAACUCGGGCAUUGGUCGUCAAUGGGGUUUCAAAGAAGUAUGGCUGCGAUCAACUAGCCGUCAAUAACAUAUCCUUUGCUCUGAAACCGAGUCAUUGCGUGGGACUUCUCGGGCCCAAUGGAGCUGGAAAAACAACCACGUUCAAAAUGAUUGUUGGCGAGCAUUCGAUCGACAAAGGAAACAUAUAUAUCUCAGGCUACAGCAUGAGGAUGAAACGGAAUAAGGCGAUGAAGGAACUCGGAUACUGCCCUCAAUCUGACUCCUUUUUCGAGUUUCUCACUGGCCGCCAGUUGCUAAAAGUCUUCCUUCUGAUAUGGGGCUUUCCAAGCAAAGACUUGAAUAAACGAUGUGAAAAACUGGCCGAUCAGUUCGGUUUCAGGAAACACUUGGAUAAAAAGAUUACGUACUACAGUGGAGGAACGAAGCGGAAAAUCAACGCUGCAGUUGCCUGUGGAGCAAACUCACUUAUUUGCUUGGAUGAGCCCAGCGCGGGAGUUGAUCCCGCCUCGCGACGUCACGUUUGGACCAUUAUCAACGAGGUGGCCCAACAGGGAAAGGCCGUCCUGCUCACCUCCCAUAACAUGGACGAGAUAAACGCCCUUUGCUCGAAAAGCGUUAUCCUGGUGGAUGGCAGCAUAUACGCCAUGGGAUCGGUUCAGCACGUCAAAAACAAAAUAGCCAAGGGAAUGACGCUCAAGUUGGUUGUAAAUGUACAACCGGAUAAUAUGGUGGCAAUGCUCACUAAGAUUGAGGAUGACAUCUAUAUGACCUAUCCCAACGCAGAACUAAAGGAAAAGUACGAGUUUAGUGGCAGGUUAACAUUUCAAAUUUCCAAAGACACUAGUUGGUCGGAGAUUUUUGAAUAUGUCGAGGGCAAUCGCAGUUCCUGGCACCUGGAAGACUAUUCCCUAUCACAGCCAUCCUUGGAAGAUGCAUUUGAGGAGAUCGCAGAGGAAAGAAGGAAAAAGAAGAGCAACCAAAGUUAAGAUUUGC